GUUAUGGAGAAGCUACCUCAAACAUUCAUGCUUCAAUCAGCUUUAGAUCUUCAGCAAGCAGAAUGUUAUUAUCACCAUUUCUACAAUCACACCGAGCGAAAUCAGACCUACAGAAAAUAUGGUUAUAAAUUUAUCUACAAUCGUCAUACAUUUCGUAAAACUUUCUAUGUAAAAAACGUGACUGGGUACAACAUCUCUAUGGCCGAAAAACCAGAAGCUCCUGUGACAUUCUCUCGCCAAAUAUUGUUUUCGAACAUGCGAUCUUGUAUGAUAAUAAGAAACCCGGACCCAAGGAAGUCUAAAGAAUGUUACCUGAUGGUCACAAAAGAACGCUUUUCUAAACCUCUAACAAGAUGCAGAAACAAAUUUGAAGAGCACUGUAAAGGUCCUGCUUUCAACUAUACUAUAGGUGGCUGUGAUAAACCAGAGAACCAUAACUAAAAUUAUAUAAAAACU